UAUCAGCUGAAUAGGACAUCACCAUAUAUUCUGAGGUGUACCAAGUUUCUGUUUUUCUUGUUCUCCAUCUGUAUUGUGCUCCUCCUUCACUUUCAUUCCUAUGUGAGGAAUGAAGGUGAAGCUGGUCAGCUGCUCAGUCAGUAAAACAUCAGCUACCAGUCAAGUCAGUCAACCAACAGUUGGUCCACCAUGGCUCUCAACAUCCCAGGAGUGAUAUCGAUGGUGUUUUUCUACUUGCUGGUCCUCGGUAUUGGCAUCUGGGCUUCUUUUAAAGCAAAAAAAGAGAGGAAGAAGAACCAAGGCAACAAAAUGGAGACAAUCCUUCUAGCAAACCGAGACAUCAACUGGGUGGUGGGACUCUUCACCAUGACAGCUACCUGGAUUGGAGGAGGCUUCAUUACUGCAAUAGCAGAGACUGUAUACACUCCCUCUAUGGGCCUCAUCUGGAGUUUGAACUACCCUGUAGGAAAUAUAGUCGGUUUUGUUCUUGGUGGCCUUUUUUUUGCCAAGCCAAUGAGAGACAGAAAAUAUGUGACCAUGCUGGAUCCUUUCCAGAUUAAGUAUGGAAAAGUACCAGCAGCUCUUCUGUCACUGGCUGUAGUUUCAGCUGAAGUUCUUUGGAUGGGAGCGACACUUCUUGGUUUAGGUGUUACCAUGAGUGUGAUCCUGGAUUUGUCCUACACUAUAAGCAUCUGGAUCUCUGCUGCAGUGGCCAUUUUCUACACACUGCUGGGAGGUCUCUACUCUGUGGCCUACACAGAUAUCAUACAGCUCAUUCUCGUUUUUGUCAGUUUGUGGGUCUGUGUUCCCUUUGCCCUGAUGAACUCCUGCACUUUGGACAUCACUCAGACGGCUCGAAACAACACCUUCCAGGCCCCCUGGAUCAGUACACUGGAGGCAGAAAGAGCCUGGCUGUGGACUGACAGUUUCCUAGUUUUGAGUUUGAGUAACCUGGCCUGUCAAGAGUUCCACCAGAGGACUUUGUCUGCAUCUUCCUCAGCCACAGCCAAGAUAAGCUGCUUUGUUGCUGCUGCUGCUAUCAUUUUAUUUGCAUUUCCCCCUAUUUUGAUUGGAGCAGCGGCUGCCUCCACAGACUGGAACCUGACUUCUUAUGGUUCUCCAUCUCCACUUGAGCGUGGGGAGGCAGCUCUGGUCGUGCCUCUCGUCCUGCAGCAUCUCACUCCAUCCUACAUCUCGAUUAUUGGUAUUGGAGCUGUGGCUGCUGCUGUGAUGUCAUCAACUGACUCUCUUUUGCUGUCUGCAGCCUCCAUAUUCACCUCUAACAUCUACAAGACCGUGUUGAGGACCCAGGCUUCAGAGAGAGAGAUCCAGUGGGUGAUCCGUGCCACAGUGAUAGCAGUGGGCGUGAUCGGUACAACAUUCACCAUCUUCCAAAAUAGUGUUGUAGUGUUCUGGUUUCUCGGUUCAUUGACAAUCUACGUCUUUAUCUUUCCUCAACUGGUGUGCGUCCUCUUCUUCAACAUCUCUAAUGCGUAUGGAGCGAUUAUGGGCUGGCUGGUGGGGAUUUUGUUGAGACUGUUGUGUGGAGAGUCCAUGAUCGGACUGCCAGCCGUCAUCCACUUCCCAGGAUGCACUCAUGAGGAUGGUGUUUAUGUCCAGUGUGCUCCAGUCAAUACCAUGUGCAUGCUGUGUGCCUUUGUUGCCAUCUUGGUGUUCUCCUACCUGUCUUCUCUGCUCUUCAACAAAGGCCUGCUUCCUGAGAAGUGGGAUGUAUUCAAAAUUAAAGCUCAGCAGUCACCAAACCAACCAGCAUCAGCUGCUGGUGCUGAGGGAGACGAUGACAAUGGGAGCUUGAAUAAAAAUGACUCUCACAUCGAUGCCUCUGCACCAAUGAUGAGCACUUCAUGCUAAGUUUUGUUUCAACCAAAGUGACAAGGUUGCUUAUGAUUGGUCAGGGAAGAAGGUGUGUGAGGAGAAAAGAUUAUUUUCUUAUGUUGUUUAUGUAUUAUGUAACGUAUUAGCCAUCUUUAAAUAAAAACAAUGAAUCA